AUGGUUGCUGUUCCUCCUCACCUCCUGCGAGCUAUCUCGAAGAGCAAAGCGAUUAGUCCAGAGCACCGUGAAGCAGCACGAGCAUCUCUUGCACACACAGAGAAUUUCUUGAAAGACCGCCAGAAACACCGGGAGGAGUAUUUGAAGACAUACAACCAAGUCCAGCAACAGAUUGUUCCCCCUCAACUUUUCCGAAAUGUUAUUGCUUCAGACCAAGCCGAUCAUGCUCAGCGAACAAGGGCCAAGCGAAGCCUCGAUCACCUAGAAAACAUUAUCGGCAAAGUCAGAGGGGCUCAGCAGGCGCUGGGUUCUUUGGUCGUAGAGACCUCGGACCGCGGCACUUCCUCGCAGGUUGCGUCCCUCACGGCUACGGACGACCCCCCUUACCUCGCGGUUCAUGACAUCCAUGAGAGUGCAAAUGAGGGUGAACUUCCUGGUGACCUCCCAUCCUCGGACAAAGCUGUCAACGAGGCCUUUGACAACUUCUUCCAAUGGCUGUCAAUCGACGAUAAAGAUAUGGACGUCAUCAGUACUGUCCACUUCGGUAAACAAUACGAAAAUGCUUUCUGGGAUCCAAAAAAGCUUCAAAUGGUUUUCGGUGAUGGCGGCGAGUUUCUCAACAACUUUACCGGAUGUAUCGAUGUCAUCGGCCAUGAACUUACACACGCAGUUACAGAACACACAAGCCCUCUUGACUACUAUGGUCAAGCCGGUGCUCUAAAUGAGCAUGUCUCGGAUGCGUUCGGCAUCAUGGUCAAACAAAGGGUUCAGGACGAACAAUCGGAAGUUGCGGACUGGCUAAUCGGUGAAGACUGCAUUCUUCCUGGAGUCAAGGGAACUGCUCUGCGAAGCAUGAAGGAACCUGGAACUGCCUACGACGAUCCCGUUUUUGGCAAAGAUCCGCAGGUUGGACACAUGAAGCAAUUCAAAACAUCAUUUGAGGACAACGGCGGAGUACACAUUUAUUCCGGAAUCCCCAACAGAGCAUUCUAUCUUGCUUCUGUGUCGUUCGGCGCUCUAAGGUCCGGCAAAAUCCCUCCCAGGUCUACGUUUAAGCAGUUUGCAACUGCCACGAUUGAUAGUGCGCAAGAGCUCUACGGCUCAGCUGCUGCGAAGAAGAUCAAGAAGGCUUGGCUAGAUGUCGGUGUUUUUGAAAGCAAGCCAGAUGCUCGUGACAUAUUGAGAAACGCAUGUGCUGCCACUGAGUUCAAAUCGUUCCCAAUCAAAAACGAGGAAAAAGCCUUCUUCAGAGCAAUCAACGACAGCACCGGGAUCCCCUACCAAGUUCGGGAAUUCAUCUCCCAGCCAUGGCAUAAAGUUUAUCUCUUGGUUCAGAUUGAUCUGCUCAAGACUGGUUGGCCCAACAAGCUAUCGGGGCCUUCACGGAAAGAGCUCUCGAAAGAACUCGCCCACAUGUACAAACUCCUCGAUCGUGUGCUGAGGUGCCUAGUCGACAUACUCGGAGAGCGAGGUGAUGGAAAGGGAGUCUACGUUGCUCUUGAAGUGCUGAGGAGUGUCAAGGCUGGAGUUUGGGAGGGAAGCGACAGCCAACUCCUCCAGAUUGAGGGCAUCGGCCAAGCGAAAAAGGACAAGCUCGUCAAGGCGAACAUCAAGAACAUCAAGCAGUUAUCUGCCGUUGAGUUUUACAACAUUGAACGCAUUCUUAGUCGAAACCCACCUUUCGGCCAGACGAUCCUUCACAAGGUAGCCGGAUUUCCUCUACUCGCACUCGACUUCGAGAUUAUCGGUCCUUACACCCCUGACUCCACUGCCAUCUCGAACUCAUCAGCUCCCCGUGAAGUCAAACAGUCCGCAACAAGCACGGAAAAGCCCAGUCAACUGCUCUGGAUUGCUCGAGCUGUCCUCGGAUUCAACAAUGAGAAGUUACCUCACUGGAAGGGCCGCACACCCUGGCUCACAUUACUUGUCGAAGGGGAUGACGGACGACUUGUUUGGUUCUGGCGAGGAAGUGCUAAAAGGCUGGUCGACAAGAAGGAGAUCAUAAUAGGGUUGAGCGCAAAGGGUGACGAAAAACUACAGGUUUCUUUUGCAUGCGAGGAGAUUGUUGGAACCUUGAUCAAGAAGGAAGUUCGAGUGUCAGUGGGAGGUAUUUGCUGA